AUGGCGCAGUCCUGGGACUUUGAUAUUGGAGGUCACAUAAAUCUAGGCUGCACUGAACGACUGCUUUCCCAAAUGCCCCAACAUAAAGUGUGUGAGCUGAUCGUGUCCAUGUGUCUCACCAGAGAGCUCAAUAGGGGCUGUACACAUCCACAGACAUCUUUGAGGGUCAUUAGCAAUGACCAUGAUCUCCUGCACCAGGAGAACCAGGUCCAGAGUGAUUUGGAAGAUUUGUAUUCCCACCAACACAGGUGGCUCCAGCAUCGCUCUACAGUUGUCCUACCACAGCCUGAGCCUGAGGAAGAAUCAAAACCCUUUGUUCUAGACCUGAAAAACUUUCCAGACCUGGCAAAUGCUGACAUUGGCUCCCAAAACCCAAACAUUCAGGUGACCAUCGAGGUUUUGGAUGACCCUCCUAUGGAAGUUGAGAUGGACCUGGUUAAAGAAUGGAGCAAUGACUGGCCCACAUCUUCUCCCUCCUCUACUGUAGAAUGGCUGGGUGGAAAGAAGCUUUUCUGGCCUUUAUUUUGGGGCUACACGGAUGCAGAUUCCGGCGAUGAUGGUACUGGCCAAGCAGUGGAGGAAGAGGAUGACUACACACUGGAAUAUGACAGUGGGGAGCCCCUCCCUAGUGGUCUGGACAAGACAGAUGGCAAUUGGGAAAGCCCAUGGACUCAAAGCUAUUAUGAAGAAAAAGAGGAAGAGUGGAGCGCAUGGAGUCCCUGUAGUGUCACUUGUGGCCAUGGCAACCAGACCCGCUCACGUUCAUGUGGAGAUUUCUGCACAUCCACUGAGUCCCGAAGCUGUGACCCUGUUCCAUGCCCAGAUGAUUGGAACAGUGUGGCACAUGUCUUUCCAUUUGAGAUGGAGAAUGGUACAGAACCCUUUGGCACUGAUGUUGACAGCUGUGAGAAGUGGUUGAAUUGUAAGAGUGAGUUUCUUCAGCGUUACCUGCAGCAGGUAUUGACUGAAUUACCCAGCUGCCCGUGCACCUAUCCUUCAGAUGCCUCCAACAAUAUAGUAAGUCUGCUGGAUGCCGAGCAUGACCGAACCUUCCAAUGGAGGGAUGCUAGCAGCCCAAAAGAACGGCUGGACAUCUACAAGCCCUCGGCACGUUCCUGCUUGCGUUCUGGCCUAUCAAAAGAUGGCACCACCCUGGCUGCCCAGCACUGUUGCUAUGAUGACAACAAGCAUCUAAUUACAAGGGGCAAGGGGGCAGGUACCCCCAACCUAAUAAGCACAGAGUUCUCUCCAGAGCUGCAUUUCAAGGUGGAUGUAGUGCCUUGGAUACUGUGCAAAGGAGACUGGAGCAGGUUUCAUGCAGUCCGCCCACCCAAUAAUGGCCUGCAUUGCACGGAGAACCCCCAACAGGAUAUUUUCAUGAAUGAAUUGGAGGAGGCCAGAGAAUAUUAAAUCACCAAAUUACUAUCCGUCCUCUGACUCACCGUCCUGCUGUGGUGCUUAAUCCCAUUAAAAAAAAAAAAAAAAAAAAAAAA